GUGUCUUUCUCAUCACUGUCAUCAGCUAAAAACACAGUGUGGUAGACAAAGAAACACACUGAAAAGAAAAAAAAGAAAGAAAAAAAAAAUUCAUGGAAAGCCAACAACAUCAACACGAUAGCAAUAUGAAUGUUGCAAUUCCAUCAACAUGGGGAAGUGGAAGCAACCGAAUAGCCUCCUUGCAGUCCCCCCCACCGCCUACUUCCGUCUCUAAUGACAACUCCGACAAAAACACUACCGACCACCAUCCCGACGAUGUCCAGAAACGUGGAUGGAGAAAGUUUCUGUCUUAUGUAGGCCCAGGAUUUCUUGUCUCUCUGGCAUAUCUCGACCCCGGAAACUUGGAAACUGAUCUGCAAGCUGGAGCUAACCAUGGAUAUGAGCUACUGUGGGUGAUCCUUAUCGGAUUGGUUUUUGCUCUCAUUAUCCAAUCACUUGCGGCAAACCUCGGUGUGACUACGGGGAAACAUCUUGCAGAGUUAUGCAAGGCUGAGUAUCCACUAUUAGUCAAGUACUGUUUAUGGUUAUUAGCAGAGCUUGCGGUCAUAGCUGCCGACAUACCCGAAGUGAUCGGAACAGCUUUUGCACUGAAAAUACUGUUCAACAUCCCCGUUUGGGUUCGAGUUCUGUUAACUGGUGGUAGCACUCUUCUCCUUUUGGGCCUUCAAAGAUAUGGGAUAAGGAAGCUGGAAAUGCUAAUAGCAGUUCUAGUGUUCAUAAUGGCAGCGUUUUUCUUUGGAGAGAUGAGUUAUGUGAAGCCGCCGGCGUCGAAGUUGUUGAAAGGGAUGUUUGUACUGAAGCUCGGUGGCAAAGGAGCCACCGGCGAUGCCAUAGCCCUUUUGGGUGCCCUUGUUAUGUUGCAUAAUCUUUUUCUCCAUUCGGCUCUUGUGCUGUCUAGAAAAGUACCCCACUCCGUCCGUGGAAUCAAUGACGCAUGCCGAUUUUUCUUGAUGGAGAGCGGAUUUGCAUUAUUUGUAGCAUUGUUGAUCAACAUUGCAGUGGUAUCGGUAUCAGGAACUAUUUGCAAAGCUGAUAAUCUCUCUGGUGUAAAUAAUGAUAGAUGCAAUGAUCUCACUCUCAAUUCUGCAUCUUUUCUCCUACAGAAACGUACAAUUUAAUUACAUCCUUUUGAAGUGUAUGGGCUCCACAAUGAAGAUUUUCAGUCUUGUUGUUAUCACAAAAGGUUGAGGGUAUGCAAGGAGAGUGAACUGAACUGAAGAGAUUUUGGGAUUUUCUGCAAUAUUCGUCAAUGCAAAGAAAUGCUGAAAGGUACGUAACCAACAAAAGAGAAAGAGAGAGGAAGACACACAGUAUUCAUUUAAUGUGGUAGCAGGGAGAGUAAGAGAGAGGGAUAGAAGUUAAUGAGAGUAGAUGAGAAAUGAGAGAUGGUCAAAAAAAUUGUUUUAAUAUUUUCCACUUUAUUCGACAGUCAAUGAGAAAUGAGGGUAGAUGAGAAAUGGGAAACUGUUAUAUUUAUUU